GAGAGAAAGAGAGACGUAUGCGCGCUCGGUUUGGAAGUUACGUGGGGUCAUUAGACGGAGGGACGACGCAAUUGACAAAGUGGGGUUUUGAUUCUCCAGCAAGGCAACUCGAUACAGGGGAAGGGGGUUAGAUUGAGAUACCAAAAACAGAGGCCGAAGGAAGGAUCGCUGUAUUCUCACCAAUUCAACAAGAGGAAUGAAAGCAGAAAUCCAGGGUCCACCAAAGGAGGGGCUAAAAACUCGCGUUACCUCAAAAUUCAUGUCACAUUAAUAUGCAGUUCAAAUCUAAACGUUGAGAGCCUGAAAUCCAUCUGCAAGACAGAGAGAGGUGAGGAGAGGGGGAGCGAGAGAUGUCAUGGGGAUUGGGGUGGAAGAGGCCUUCUGAGACCUUUCAAUUGAGUCUCUGUUAUGGAGAGGAAUUAUCAGGAUCUCCACCCUCCUUCCCGUCAUUGGCAUCAGCAUCCUCAAUCUCUUCUUCCAACUCUACCUCAUCUUCCACCAAUACCGCCCACGAUGAGCCGUCCCAACCUCUCAGAAUCCAAUUGGAAUGGUCGGCGGGCGAAGACGAAGAUCAGGUGGCUCUCAGGCUCCAAUCCCAGCUUAUGGUCGCCCUUCCUCCUCCGCAGGACACGGUCCUCCUGAAUCUCAAUAGGAGGAAGGUCGAGAAGGAAGAAGAAGUAGAAGAGGAGGUGGACGUCGAGAUGAAGGUUGUGAAGAAGAGGGAGCCUCUGUGUUCGAUCACCAUGUUGAAGACGAUGGCGUCUGGCCAGCAGAGUGACGGCGUCGGGGUGCUGACCCGGUUGAUCCGAUCGAAUGCCGGUGGGGAGGGUGGUCCGGCUGCUUAUGCUUUAGGAUUUGAGCAGCAUUGGAGGAGCGUCACAUUUCUCAACCUCUCCGGAUGUGGAUUGUCGGUUUUGCCCGUGGAAUUAACCCGAUUACCACUCCUCCAGAAGCUGUAUCUUGACAACAAUAAGCUAUCACUUUUACCAUCAGAACUUGGUGAACUGAAAAGCUUGAAAGAGCUCCGACUUGAUUAUAACAUGUUGAUCUCAGUUCCUGUAGAACUCAAGGAGUGUAUAGGGCUUACAGAAUUGUCGCUGGAGCAUAACAAGCUAGUCCGCCCUCUGUUGGAUCUGAGGGCUAUGUCUGAAUUGCGAAUUCUAAGAUUGUUUGGCAAUCCUCUUGAAUUUCUUCCAGAGAUCUUGCCCUUACAUAAACUCCGUCACUUGACACUUGCAAAUAUCAGAAUUGAAGCUGAUGAUGAUUUAAAGCUGGUGAAUGUGAAAACUGAGAUGGACAACAGUUCUUAUUUUGCUGCAUCUAGGCACAAACUUGGUGCCUUCUUCUCACUCAUUUUCCGGUUCUCCUCUUGUCAUCAUCCAUUGCUAGCUUCAGCCUUGGCCAAAAUUAUGCAGGAUCAUGCUAACCGUUUGGCUAUUAGCAAAGAUGAGAAUGCAGUUCGUCAACUAAUUAGUAUGAUAAGCAGUGGAAACCGUCAUGUGGUGGAGCAAGCGUGUUCUGCUCUUUCAUCAUUGGCCGCAGAUGUUGCCCUGGCGAUACAGUUGAUAAAGGCUGACAUCAUGCAACCUGUGCAGUCACUGCUGAAGUCAUUUAUUCCUGAAGAACUUAUAUCUGUAUUGCAAGUAGUAGUGACCUUAGCUUUUGCUUCUGAUAUUGUGGCUCAAAAGAUGUUGACAAAAGAAAUGUUGAAAUCUCUGAAGGCAUUAUGUGCGCAUAAGAACACAGAGGUACAAAGAUUGUCACUCCUAGCAGUUGGUAAUUUAGCAUUUUGUCUGGAAAAUCGUCGUACACUGGUCACGUCAGAAAGUUUGCGUGAACUUCUCCUUCGUUAUACUGUUGCACCUGAGCCAUGUGUGAAAAAGGCUGCUGCACGUGCUUUGGCAAUUCUUGGGGAGAAUGAACUUCUACGACGGGCAAUAAGAGGUCGGGCAGUUGGGAAGCAAGGGUUAAGAAUACUAUCAAUGGAUGGAGGUGGCAUGAAAGGCAUGGCUACUGUGCAGAUGCUUAAGCAAAUAGAACAAGGGACUGGCAAGCGAAUCCAUGAGAUGUUUGAUCUUAUAUGUGGUACAUCAACAGGUGGCAUGCUUGCGAUUGCUCUUGGAAUUAAAAAAAUGACGCUGGAACAAUGUGAAGAAAUAUACAAGAAUUUAGGAAAGCUGGUGUUUGCUGAACCAAUCCCCAAGGACAACGAAGCAGCAUCUUGGAGAGAGAAAUUAGAUCAACUAUACAAAAGUUCAUCGCAAAAUUUUAGGGUUGUCGUGCAUGGAUCUAAGCAUAGUGCAGAUCAGUUUGAGAGGUUGCUAAAAGAGAUGUGUAAAGAUGAAGAUGGUGACCUUUUGAUUGAAUCUGCUGUGAAAAACACACCAAAAGUUUUUGUGGUCUCAACUCUUGUUAGUGUGAUGCCAGCUCAGCCUUUCUUGUUCCGAAAUUACCAGUAUCCUGCUGGCACACCAGAAAUGACGAUUGGAACCACAGAAAGUACCGCUGUUAGCAUUGGAUCACCUCCUACCAGUGCUCCGAUACAUUCUCAAGGUGGUACAAAGAGAGCUGCAUUUCUCGGAAGCUGUAAGAAUCAUAUAUGGGAAGCCAUAAGAGCAUCAUCUGCAGCUCCAUAUUAUCUUGAUGAUUUUUCUGAUGAUGUGAAUAGGUGGCAGGAUGGAGCAAUUGUGGCAAACAACCCCACUAUUAUUGCAAUAAGAGAAGCACAGCUUCUAUGGCCCGACGCACAAAUCGAUUGCCUCGUAUCAGUGGGUUGUGGUUCUGUUCCAACAAAGACUCGAGGAAAAGGUGGUUGGCGUUACCUGGAUACUGGCCAAGUUUUGGUCGAGAGUGCAUGCUCGGUUGAACGAGUGGAAGAAGCAUUGAGCACAUUACUGCCUGUUCUUCCUGACGUCCAGUAUUUUCGAUUUAAUCCAGUUGAUGAGCGGUGUGGCAUGGAGUUGGAUGAGACUGAUCCUGCCGUUUGGCUCAAGUUAGAAGCUGCAACAGAGGAGUAUAUGCAGAAAAAUAUUCAAUCUUUCAAGAGUCUCUGUGACCGUCUUGUGCCAUAUCGAGACGAAGAGAAGCCUGACAAGACAACGUCUUAUUAUUUUCCUACCACAAAGCAGUCAAGUGCAGUGGUGGAUGAUGCCAGUCCCUGCUUAGGUUGGAGACGUACGGUUCUCCUACUAGAGUCUAGUCAGGAUCCAGAUUCAGCAAAGGCUACUCACCACGCUCGUGCACUUGAAACGUUUUGUUCUCGCAAGGGAAUAAGGUUAUCCAUGAUGAACAGGAUGUGCGUUUCUUCAAAGGCUGCAACAGCGUUUCCAACUCCAUUUACAUCCCCCUUGUUUAACGGAAGCUUUCCUUCAAGCCCACUUACAUACAGUCCUGAGUUUGGUCACCAGAGAGCAAACCGAAUGGAUUUGAUUCCACCGCUGAGCUUAGACGGGUUGCAGAGUCAGGCUGCAACAGGAAAAGUUUCCAUCUCCCCUCCUGAUACUCCAUCAUCAGGUCCAAGGCAACUUUCUGUGCUUGUUCAAUCACUCCACGAGAAACUGCAGAAUCUGCCCCAAGUUGGCAUAGUUCAUUUGGCUCUUGAAAAUGAUUCUGUAGGUUCCAUCUUAAGUUGGCAGAAUGAUGUGUUCGUUGUGGCAGAACCAGGCGAACUGGCAGAUAGAUUUAUCCAGAGCGUCAAGUCCGGCCUGUUAUAUAGAGCAAGAGGUCCUAACAGAAAAGAUGCAGUGGCCAUGUCUCGGAUUUCAACAAUUUCUGCUUUGGUUGCACAUAAUCGUUCUUUUCAAGUUGGGGGAAUAUUACAUCGAUAUAUUGGACGGCAAACACAGGUUCUUGAAGACAACCAAGAAAUUGGGGCAUUCAUGUUCCGGAGAACCCUUCCUGCAGUUCAUCUAACAUCUGAAGAUGUUCGUUUGAUGGUUGGUGCAUGGAGAGAGAGAAUUAUAAUCUGCACAGGGAAGUACGGGCUAGCCCCCAGUCUGGUGAAGGCUUUCCUGGAUUGUGGUGCCAAGGCAGUAAUUUCACCAUCAGAAGAACCACCGGGGAUACAGUCAGCUGCAUUCUUUGAUGGUCAAAUUGCCUCAGGCGAUAUCAACAAUCUAGAGAAUGGGCGGUUUGUGAUCGGCGACGAGGAGGCUGAGGAAGAAGUGGAGCCAUCAAGCCCUAUGAGCGAUUGGGAAGACAGUGAUAUUGAGAACGGUGGGCAAGGCACGGAUGCUCGCGGUAAGGAAGAAGAAGAUCUCUCCCAGUUUGUGUGCACGUUGUAUGACAGUCUGUUUCGAGUAGGUGCAAGUGUCGAUGUGGCGCUGCGACAAGCUCUCAGUCUACAUUCCAAGUUACGAUACCAAUGCCAUCUCCCAAGUAUAUCUUAGUUGUAGAUAUAAUACAAGUUAAAGAGAUGAUAAAGAAAAAAUAGAAAAUGGUAAGAGCUUUUAUAA